AUGGUGGCAAAUAAAGUGCGUUAUAGGCAUUUAAUGCUUUUCUUUUUCCGAAAGGGCAAAAAUGCCACACAAGCGGCAAAUAAGAUAUGCGCUGUUUAUUGCGAGGAUGCUGUAGCCGAAAGAACUGUGCGAAUGUGGUUUACUCGGUUUAGAACUGGAAAUUUCGACCUGGAAGAUCAAGAACGCCCAGAUUAUUACGUCGUUCACCUCGGAAGUAUUUUUCGACACGCUAAUCGAUUUAGCUCCGAUCACGUGUACGUACCUACUAAUAAUAGCAAAGUUGCAUUUUUGUUGGAUAAAAGAGAACUAU